AUGGCACCAUUGACAUCGACAAACAGCGAAUCCGGCGUUUCUGGAUUAUCAACGGAGCCUGGACUGAAAUUUUGUCCAUGGAGUGACCCCCUGGAAGAGCACACUAUCUUGGUACAAUCGAACGAGGUUCAUUUGAUCCCACUAGGGGACCAAAAAUGUCACCACAAACUUGAAGUGACCGCACAGGAUACCCUCAAUGGCUUCUCAACCGCUGGGAAUCGUCUAACAGACGACGUUAUUAUCUUUUCCUCCAGAUCAGGCGUCGUUUUUGGGCGUAUCCCGAAUUCACUUUCCGAUGAUGCAGUCAUUCAAUGGCUCAAGUCGUUUCUUGAAUACGUCAGUACCAGUGAACAAGCUGCAUGGUGGCACACAGAUCACUCCGGUCCGUGGGCCUGCUAUGUCUUUGUACCGAUGAAUACAAAGCGAACGAAAUGGACGUAUUCGAAUACGCGGAAUGACAAAGAACGGCCCUUGAGGAUUUUGAGUAUGUUGGACAUAUAUGCGGAAGAAAAGCCAUGGUUUGUUUGGCCUUGCGAAGAUAGCCGUGUGGCCAUCAUCAAUGGGAAAUGCUAUGUGCCCCGGCAGCACAAACGACGAAGGAAUAUCCAAACACACAAAGUGGAAGGACAAUCGAAAGAAUCGAACUCAACAAGAGUCAGUUUCGUAUGGGACCCAGUCGAGCAAUCAAGAGAGGUAAUACUUAGAGAUGAGGAGUGGAAGGAUGAGCUUUUGAUGGAACGAGUCGAGAUGAGUUUGAUAUAG